CUGCUUCCCUCGAUAUAUAUAUAUAGAGAGAGAGAGAGAGAGAUUCUCUAGAGAGAGAAACAGAGAGGUUAAUUUGUUCUCGAGGGAGAGGUAUUCAACGAAGAGGGAAAAACCUACACACACAGUACACACAGAGAGGGCUUGCAAAGGUUCUCAGUACUCAAUCGUCAAAGUUCUUGCCUCCUAAAUUUGCUCGAACUGUGUCAGCUUUGGUUGGUCAGAAAACUUAUCUGGAGGAUGAAAUUGGGCAGCGUUGGAUAGUAACAGUAUCCAAGAUUAAUGGCUCCAUUGCCUCGGAAGGGAUGGCAUGGUUUCUCAUUGGACCAUGAUCUGGAAGUUGGGGAUUUCUUAGUAUUUAAUUACAUCAAAGGAUCCCAUUUUGUUGUUCAAAUAUUUGGGAAAACUGGGUGUCAGAAGCCAGUGUUCUCUGAAAAGAGCCAUGGACGUAAUGGUCCGGCGGCUGAAGCAAUUGAUAAUGGUGCGGCUGAAGCAGUUGGAAGUCUCUGAAACAUCUCACUUUGCAAUGAAUUCAAGAAAAUGAUGAUUCUGUGAGAAUGGAUAAAAUGAUAUUCAUGUCUAGAAAAGAUUCUGGCAGUGGAAAUACCUCUGGGCAUCUCCUGGACACAUCUGCUGCAGAAGCUGCAAGAAAUAGAAACAGCCAUGCUGAGAUAUCGAAUAUGGUUAUAAAAGAAUGCCAGAAUGCAAAGAAAAAGAGAGUUGCACGAUCAAGCAGUCAUGGAGUGUUUCAGAAGGAAGGUAGUCCGAGUGUCCUGCAGAAAUAUACUGGAUCUUCAGAGUUCUGUGACCUUCCAGUCUCUAUUGCAAUGCAGAAUUGUCAAUUUGGUGAAUGGAUGCAAGUGGUUGAAAAAGAGAGAGAAAUGUGCAGUCAUGAGGAGACGAGACAUGGAGUUGCCAACAAGCUUGCCAUCAAUUUCAUUCAAGGGUAGGACAGUAGUGGAUUAUAAGAAUUUUGUAUUCCUUGGAGAUCCAGUUUCAAGAUUGUGGACAGUUCUAUGCCAUUCGGAAUAUGGUUUCAAGGUUCUGGAAAGUGGGUCGGAAGGAUUUAGCAAAGCGAACAACCUUCAACCAGGAUAUCAAUGUGUUUGCAUUUUCAGGAAGUAGGAUGAAUUUCAAACCCUUUAAGUUCCUACAGCGACGAGAUUGGGUGUGUGGGGAGCACAAACAAGCAGAGCUACAGCCACAACACUAUCCUCCAAUCAAAGCUGCAAGAACUCAGGAAACAGUUUCCUCGUGCUGUUAUCAUCUAUGCUGAUUACUGGAACGUCUACCAAACAAUCAUGGAGAAUCCAAUAAAAGUUUGUUUCAAUGAGCUCUUCAAAGCUUGCUGUGUAUCUGGUGGAGGGCCGUACAAUUUUGAUGUGUGUGCUGCCUGUGGUUCUCCGUCCUCGAGCUCCCGCCAGAACCUUCCCAGCACAACAAUUAGGAUGGAGUUCAUCUCACAGCAGCAAUGCACAACUUUGUAAACUAGGGAAAAAAAAAAAAUGUACAACUUUGUUUCUGACUCACUUCUCAAUGGAACAUUCAGUCACCUUCCAUUCAGUUACUUGUUAAGCAGGAAACAUAAAUCAGGAUGUAACUGAUUACCGUCAUAUUAGAUAUGUAGUGUUAGUAGUUGCUGGAAAAAUGUAGCAACAAAGUUGAUAUGUAUAAAUUAUAAACUAUUUAGUAGAAGGUCUUAUUGAUUUUCUCAUAUAUAA